GGUAGAAGGGCAGUAGCCAUCACCAAGUGGACACUGGGUGGCGGCAACAAUGGCCGAUCAGUAACCAAAACCUCCACUCCAGUAUAUAUCAUUCAUCAAUCGUGCAAGCACCACCCUCUUAUCCUCUUGUCCCACUAGCUUGCAACCCCCAAAUCCCUCGCCGUCUCCUCCUCGUCCUCCUACUCUCAGCGUUGCCCUAGCUCUCGCUUGCUUGCCGGCUCUGCCGGCCGCGCUAUGCCAUGAGCGGGGACCUCGAGGACGGGCACGGCGCCGCCGGCAGCGCUGGUGCGGCAGGGAGAGGGCCGGGGAACAAUAGCGAGGCGGGGGACUCGCACGACAGCGACCUGGUGAUGCCGGGGUUCCGGUUCCACCCGACGGAGGAGGAGCUGAUCGGGUUCUACCUCCGGCGCAAGGUCGAGGGCAAGCGCUUCAACGUCGACCUCAUCGCCGACCUCGACCUCUACCGCUUCGACCCAUGGGAGCUCCCCGCAAUGGCGGUGAUGGGCGGGAAGGAGUUGUUCUUCUACGUGCCGAGGGACCGCAAGUACCGGAACGGUGACCGGCCGAACAGGGUGACGGCGUCAGGGUACUGGAAGGCCACGGGCGCCGACCGUAUGAUCCGCGGCGAGAACAGCUGCCCCAUCGGGCUCAAGAAGACGCUCGUAUUUUACUCCGGCAAGGCCCCCAAGGGCGUCCGCAGCAGCUGGAUCAUGAACGAGUACCGCCUCCCCCCGCCCGCCGCCGACGCCGACCCCUUGAUCCACAAGUCCGAGAUCUCGCUCUGCCGCGUCUACAAGCGCUCCGGCAUCGACGACGGCCAGCCUUCAUCCAGCAGUCACACUUCCUCGGCGCGGCGGACCGCCUCCCCCACCGACGUGCCAUCGCCGACUUCGUCCACACCACUGUCAAGUACGCAGCUGCCCAGCUUCUACCUGCUCCAAGGCGAGCGCUCGUCGGCGUCACCGCCGGUCAUCAUGGACCAAGUGGUCACCGCGCACAAUGGGCCGCAGCUUCUGCCUCCCCCAAGGCCACGGGCUUACGCGCCUUUGGCGAGCUCAACAGCGGCCGUUGCCCUGCAACCGCCACAGGACCCGACCGUCCUCUCCUCCACGUACUCGCUGCUCAAUAUGGCGGCCGCGCCUAUGGGCAGCUCCAGGCCUGUCGACGAGCUGAGCACGCUGGUUGGUCACAGCCAGAGCGCCUACACUAACCACCAGGCCGCUGUCGGCAGCCACUUCCUCCCCUUGCCGCCACCGCAACCAAUGUCGUCCCAACAGAUGACGCCGCUUGGUGUGCUGCCAAUGGCGGCGCCGCUGGCCUCCGUCGUUGACAAGCUCAGCUGGGACUGGAAACCCGUCCCCGACACGACGGCUAGGGAUUACAGUGCUUCUGAUUUUAAGUACAUGUGAGCCCAAACUCAGUUAAUUCUGAAAACCUACCAUCAGUGUAGGCUAUUUAUAUACACCCUUAUAUCAAUCUGGCCACAAGCAUAAUGCAAAGUAGCAUAUUUGAUCAAAAGA